AUGACGCUAUUUCGCAUUUUGGAUCUGGACUGUGUAAAGCUGGUCUUGCCGCAGGAGAAACUGUGCUACGUGGCCCCAGACUUUGGGAAAGAACUGUUCACCGCCGCUCAUCACUCCUCAUCUCUGGUUAAGAGUUACAAGUUGCCUGAUGGACAGUCCAUCAUGAUCGGAGAAGAAAGGUUCAGAUGCCCAGGAUCCCUCUUCCAACCUUCUUUGCUUGGUGUUGAGUCCAGUAGCAUCCCUGAAAUCACUUUCAGCUCUGUCAUGAAAGUCCACAAGGACAUCCAAAAAGACAUGUGGGCCAACAUAGUGUUGUCUGGAGGUACCACCCUGUGCUCUGGCUUUGCUGCCCGUUUUUAUUCUCGUUCUAAAAUAGUUGUACCUUCCCUUUCACACAUUGUGGCUCCCCCAGAGAGAGGGUACGCUGCAUGGCUCGGAGGCUCCGUCCUGGCCUCUCUGUCCACCUUCCAGAAAAUGUGCAUGAGCAAGCAGGAGUAUGAUGAGUGUGGUCCCAGAGUCAUCCACCAGAAAUGCUUCUAA